AAACGAUCAAAAAUUACCAAAUGAAUUUCCUAUUAUUUUUUUUUUAAUUUGUAUCCUAAAUUUGGACCAUGUUAUUUUUAUAUAUAAUUAUGAUAAUUAACUGGGAGAAAAUUAAUUGAAAAAAGGAUUAUGUCGUGCAAUAGUAAUCUAACUAAUCAAGACAGAAUGGAAGUUCCGCGUCGUCCUAGCUUGUCAAUGAAGAUGCAACGUAGUUUGACAAAAGUUAAAAAGAGUAUUCAAAGAAUAACUGAGAAUUUUCAAGACGAAGAAAAGCAACAAACGUAUGUUCUACCAGAAAGAUUAUCUUCUUUGAUGCAUAAUACAGGAUUUUCGAAGGAAGAAAUACAGAGAUUAUAUCGUGCAUUUAAACAGUAUUGUCCAAGAGGAACUGUUACUACCAAUGAUAUUAAACCGGCCUAUGCUAAACUUUUUCCGCUUGGUGAUUCUGCAAAAUAUGCACAGAUGGUAUUCAAUAAUUUUGACACAAAUAAGGACGGCAUUGUCACAUUUGGAGAUUUGCUUCUAGGAAUAGCUACGAUCGUCAAAGGAACUAAUGAUGAAAAACUAAAAUGGAUAUUUCAAUUUUAUGAUUUAAAUGGAGACGGUUGUAUCUCAAAAAACGAAAUGACGACGACAAUAUCAGCUAUUUAUGAAAUGAUAAACAACGAUCAAACUGUCUGGAAUAUGGUAAACAAUCACGUGGAUAAACUUUUUGAAAAGAUGGAUAUUAAUAAGGAUGGAAUGAUAUCCAUAGAGGAAUUUAUAGCCAGUUGCAAAAAUGAUACGCUUAUCCAGAAUCAAUUGACAGAAUUUAAUCAUUUUUGGUGGUAAUAUAG